AUGACCCAGCGCAUCGGGAAAGUCGGCAGCGUUUACUGCUUGGGCCGCAAGCUGGGCUCUGGAUCCUUUGGAGAGAUCUACUAUGCAGUGGACUCGCAGACCGGAAAAGAGCUCGCAGUCAAGCUCGAGCGCGUGGAUAGCAAGCACCCGAUGCUCCUUUAUGAGGCAAAACUCCUCAAGCAUUUGGAGGGUGCCCAAGGAUUCGCAUCAGUGUACUUUUCGGAUACGCAAGGCGACUACAAUGUGAUGGUCAUGGACCUUUUGGGGCCCUCCUUGGAAGAUUUGUUCAACAUCUGCCGACGGAGGUUCAGCCUGAAAACGCUCAUCCUCUUGGCGGAGCAGAUGCUUUACAGGAUAGAAUAUCUCCAUUCCAAAGAUUUCAUUCAUCGCGACAUCAAGCCUGACAACUUCCUCAUCGGCGUUAGCAGGAAGACCCAGCAGAGCCAGAUUCUCUACCUCAUUGAUUUUGGCCUUGCCAAAAAAUACAGGGACUCCAAAUGCAAUCACAUCCCAUACCGAGACAACAAGAGCAUGACCGGAACUGCCCGAUAUGCGUCCGUGAAUGCUCACCGUGGAAUCGAACAGAGCCGCAGAGACGACAUCGAAGCAAUUGGAUAUGUCCUGAUCUACUUCUGCAAGGGUCAGCUGCCGUGGCAAGGAUUCCAGGCAGCUACCAAGGAGGAGAAGUACAACAAGAUCAUGGAGUGCAAGCAGUCCACUUCUGUCGAGUCCCUCUGCAAGGGUUGCCCAAUGAUCUUCGUCACCUACAUGAACUACGCCAAGGCGCUGCGGUUUGAAGACAGACCCGACUACGCCUACCUUCGACGUCUCUUCAAGGAGCUCUUCGCGAAGGAAGGUUACGAGAACGACGGCGUCUACGAUUGGUCCCAGCCGUCUGUGACGGAUUCCGUCACCUCAAGCCAGUUCAACAAACAGGCCGAGGCGCGUGGUGAACCGCAGCUUCGUGUCCGUGAAGUGGGCAGCAAGCAGUACCGCAAUGCGGGGGAUGAGCCGGCAGCCGAGGGGUCGCCGAUGCGAUGGCAGGGCUCUGCAAAGGAGACAAGAUCCAGGCAUGCGGACUCCAUGCGGAGCACUGCUCCGGCUGCUGCCACAGAUCGCGUAAAAAGCGCAAGAAGCCAUGGAUUCGAUUCAGAGGCGUGCUGUUCAUUGCUGUCAAUGUUCGGUGUGCAUAGUGUCAUUGUGCUCUAUCGAUGUCAAAACUGUCAAAACUUUCGACGAUCGUGGUAA